AUGGCCCCGCGCUACCCCACAGUAGCCAUUAUCGGAACCGGCCCGGCAGGCAUUUCAGCCCUAAAAGCGCUCCACGACGAGAAAGCGUUCGACAAGAUCCGAGUCUUCGAGAGGCGAGACAGCCCUGGCGGAACCUGGAACUAUGACGCGAUUCCCCAGCGAUUUCCAGGGACGUAUCCAAGUGCCGAUAGCCUGGUCCAGAAGCCCUCUACAUUCCCGCAGACGACGUCGCCCGCACUUCCUACAGAUGAAACUAUGCCAACAGCGAUCUAUAGCUGGCUGGAUACAAAUGUGCCCGCGGAGUUGAUGGCGUUCACGCACACGCCGUUUCUAGAGGGGAAUUCUCCAAUAUCGGUAGAGCGAUAUGGGGAGAGGAAUGUGACCAGGCCGUGGCACGUCGUUGCUCAGUAUCUUUUGAAUCUGGUGGAGGGAUAUCGAGGAUCUAUCUCGUUCAAGACCACGGUCGUUUCGGUUGACAAGAUGGAGACCGGAAAAUGGAGGCUGACUCUUAGACGGUCAGAGGUUGUGAAAGGAGAGGCGAGGGAUUUCUGGUGGCAGGAGGAGUUUGAUGCGGUGAUUGUCGCUGUAGGACAAUAUAACGAGCCGUUUCUGCCCAGCAUUUCGGGAUUGGAAGAAAGUGUGAAGACUCAUCCUGGAGCAUUGGAGCAUGUGAGCGCGUUCCGAUCGCGUUCCGAUUAUGUUGGCAGGAGAGUGGUGGUUCUCGGAGGGAGCUUCUCAGCCAGCGACGCCGUCGGAGAUAUAUACACUCUCGUACAACAGCCGUUAUAUGUGUCGCAAAGCUCGCAUAGUCCACACAUCACCGAGAUAUGGAACUUGCCGAAUGUUGUCGUAAAGCCGACAAUCAGUCACAUUGAAGGCCAGGACAAUUCAAAACUUAAGCUUACAUUCUUGGACGGCUCCCAACUGGAAGACGUUGACAAGGUCAUUUUCGCAACGGGGUACCGGUUCUCAUUUCCAUUCUUGUCGCCCGAGCCUCUUGUAAAGGCCCACCGAGUACCCAGGACAUACCAACAUGUCUUUAGAGUUGGCGAUCCGUCAUUGGCUUUCCUCGGCCUCGUCAGAGCGCCAUUGCUUUUCCGGAUGAUGGAGUACGAAGCUGUGGCUGCAGCCCGGUACUAUGCCGGACAUGGAGGCGAAUUGCCUGGUCGGGAAGAUCAAGAGCGAUGGGAGGUUGAGCAAGUUAAGCUCAAGGGCGAGACGUACAAGUUUCAUGAUGUCACGGGAGAGAUGAAGGAGCAUAUGGAGUUCCUGCGAGACCUAGCCGGGCCGCCAGCUCCUGGGACAGAUGCGUAUGAGCUACCUCAGGUUGCUGAUGAGUGGCUGGAGAAAGCCUUCUCAGGAUUUCGACUCAAAAACGAUUAUUGGGGAAGAGUAAGACGCGCAGCGGAGAGUCAAAGAUAG